UGUAAACGCUCCACGUGGGUGACCUAAAAUCCUCAGGAACCUCUCUCUCUCUCUACUCUCUCUCUUUAAAGUGUUGAUAGAUAUAGAAAGAGAGAGAGAGAGAGAUACAAGACUUUGUGAAGAGAGAGAGAGAGAGACGAUGGCGACGGCGUUUCCCGACGACUUCAAGUGUCCGAUAUCUCUAGAGAUAAUGUCAGACCCUGUCAUCCUCUCUUCUGGUCACACCUUCGAUCGCUCUUCAAUCCAACGCUGGUUAGACUCCGGUCACCGUACUUGUCCAAUUACCAAACUACCCCUCUCCGAGCCUCCUUCUCUCAUCCCCAACCACGCUCUCCGAAGCUUAAUUUCCCAUUUUACCCUCGUCUCGCUCCCCAAACCUCACUCCUACCCUCAACCCCAAACCCUAAUCUCCACCCUAACCUCCCCUUCUUCACCUCUUCACUCCAAGCUCAGCUCCCUCGACCAGCUCACCCGCCUCUCCAAGCGCGACUCUGCUCUCCGCCGCCGGCUCACCGAGUCAGGAGCCGUGUCGGCGGUCCUCAACUGUGUUGACUCGGACGACCCGACUUUGCAAGAAAAAGCCAUGAAUUUGCUCUUGAAUUUGAGUUUGGAUGAUGACAACAAGGUAGGUUUGGUGGCGGAGGGCGCGAUUGGCAGAGUUAUCGCCGCCAUGCGCGGCGGCGGGUCUUCGCCGGACUGCCGUGCCGUGGCGGCGACGAUUCUGACGAGUUUGGCGGUUGUGGAGGUCAACAAAGCUACGAUUGGGGCUUACCCGUAUGCGAUUCGAGCCCUAGUUUCGCUUCUCCGAGACGGUAAUGCCCGAGAAGUUAAAGAGGCCGCGACCGCGCUCUACGCGAUUUGCUCGUAUCCGGAUAAUGGGAGACGGGCUGUGGAUUGUGGGGUUAUACCGAUUUUGAUUAGUAUUGCCGGCUCGGGCCUCGAACGGGCCGUUGAGGUAUUGGGUUUGCUGGCAAAAUGUAAGGAAGGUAGAGAAGAGAUGGUGAAAUUCAAUGGUUGUAUUCAAAUUUUGGUUCGUGUGUUGAGAAAUGGGAGCUCCAGAGGGGUUCAAUACGCGCUAUUAACAUUGAAUUCGCUGUGCAAUUAUAAUAAAGAGAUGUGUUUGGAGGUUUUGAAAGAAGGGGUUUUUGAGUUUUGUGUUGGGUUGUUGGACGAUGAUAAUGAAAAAAUUAGGAGAAAUGCUUCUAGUUUAAUCCAAGUUCUUCGGAGGAAGCGGUCGAUGGGUUGAUGAUGACUUUGAAUUCAAUUCAAUUGAAAUAUGGAAGAUUUUGGAUGGAGAU